AUGAAACUCCUCGCCCUCAGUCCAUACGUCCUCUCCGCGGUUAUGGCCGCAUCGCCUGGCGCGAUUCUUAAUUCAGUCACGACCUUGCCAUUGUCUCUACCUCUUUUCCCUCCGGCCGCGGGGAGCGUCGCCCAGGUCAAGUCUGUCUUUGCCCACUUUAUGGUCGGGAACACGUAUCACUACGGAGUCGAGGACUGGAAGAAGGAUAUUGUCCUCGCCAUGGGGCACGAGAUCGACGCCUUUGCUCUAAAUGUUGGGCGAGAGGAUUGGCAGCGAGAAAGAGUUCAAGAUGCAUUCACUGCCGCCGCCGGCACCGACUUUCGCCUUUUUAUAUCCCUCGAUAUGACAUCUAUCCCUUGCGCGGAGCCCGCCGAUGCGGAGCCCCUGAAGCAAUACAUCAGAGAGUACUACCACCAUCCAAAUCAAUUUCGAUACAAUGGUCUACCUAUGAUAUCUACCUUUUCUGGAGAAGGAUGUUUAUUCGGUACCGAAAGUCCUAACCAAGGUUGGAUGUCUGCGAUCAAGGGGAUCGGGGAUAUGCCCCUCACCUUUAUCCCCAGCUUUUUCGUGGAUCCCGCCAAGUUUGGGGAAUUCACGGUCAUGAAUGGUGCAUUCAGUUGGAACUCUGGCUGGCCUAUGGACAACAUUCCCGCAGAUUUCGAAAUGGACGAACAGUAUAUACGAGGCCUGGGUGGACGCACGUACAUGGCCGCGAUGUCUGCAUGGUUCUUCACCCAUUACGGCCCCGACACUUGGAACAAGAACUGGAUAUUCCGUACUGAAGACUGGCAUCUUUGCCGUCGAUGGGAACUCCUUAUUCAAAAUAGGGAGAAGAUUGGGAUAGUCGAGAUUGUCACAUGGAACGACUACGGCGAAUCUCACUACAUUGGCCCCAUUGCGGGCGAUCAGCCUAUGUCACAAGCAUGGGUGGACGGCUUUGACCAUCAAGGCUGGUUACCUCUCAUACAGUACUAUAUCCACGCGUUCAAAACCGGAGAGUAUCCGGCUAUCGUGAAAGAUCAAGUGUUCAUGUGGGGGAGGCUCUAUCCUGCAGGCGCCGACGCUAGCGACCACGUUCCGAAGCCCAAAAACUGGGGAUGGACUGAGGAUAAUAUAUAUGUCGUUGUGCUUCUGACGGGGCAGGCGGAUGUGACACUUAAAUGCGGGCCCACGAAGCAAGAGGUCACGCUAGGACCCGGCCUGUCGAAGUUGAAGAUACGGCCUAUUGAAACCUGCCAAGCGACGGUGACCAUCUCCAGGCUAGGAGUCAUAGUUGUAGACCACAGUCCUCCGGGGUAUCGGUUCACCACUGGUCCUCCGUCCUAUAACUUCAACGCUUUUGUAUCUUCAUCUUAA